UACAAUUAUUAUUUAGAAAAUUGGGAUAUUGGAUAAAAAUUUUUAAUAUAUAAAUUUAAAAUAUAUUGGAUAAAAAAUUCGAUUAAAAUAUAUUUCUUCUAAAUAUACGUAAAACUAAUUUGUAAAAAGAAAAUUGAAAGGGAACUAACAUUUACUUUAAUUAAUUAUUCAAGAGAUGGCACAAAAACCUCGAAGAAUAUCGGAACUGGUUCAACAAGUUGGCUCAGCUUCAACCAGUAAACCCACAAGAAUUAGCAGAUUACCGACAAGAUCAGAACAUACAAGGAAUUCAGGUUCCAGAAAUUCAAGUGAGUCCUCAGCACAAAUGAAAAAUUUAUUAUCCAUUGCAACCACACGUCCUCAAAGAAGUAUAAGUGCAACGCCACAACGAACACCUUUACGUUUAAAAACGCCUACUCGUCAAAAUAAAAUUUCAUUAACAUCUGAAAGAUCAACGGACAAAAAUUGGAUCAUUUCUGAAUCAAUAAGAAUUAAUGAAUAUCUGAAAGAAAUUGAGCCAAAAAUUCUAGAGAAGAGUUUUUUCGAGAAGGGUGGCAUCAAAAAUAUGUCCACAAAGCAAUUUAUUGUUAUAGUAAAUCAUUUUUUAAAAGUAAUUGGUGGAAAUCGGUUAUGUGUUGGUGGGGAUUAUGUUGAAAGCAUGUCAAAGAUUUUUAAUGAAAUCGGAUAUCCACAUACGAUAGCUAAAUCUUGGCUAAAAACACCGUCAGCCCCUCAUACAUUUCCAAAUAUAAUUUUGUUAUUUACUUGGCUUCUUACAUUUAUGCCUCAAGGCAAAACAAAUGAUCAAAUUGAAGAAUUUGAAAAUAUAUAUGCUCCAGGAAAUAAAGAUUUUCCGGACAAAAGUUUUGCUCUCAGUUUCAUUCGUCAAGCUUUUUCAGCAUGGAAUAACGGUUCAGACAACGUUUUAGAAGAAGCAAAAAUUAAAUUAACAAAUGAAAUGAUACAAAAAGCUUGUGGCUUAAGUAGUCUAAUUCAUUUAGAUGAUGAAAUAAAGUCUUUAAAAAAUGAAUACGAUGAAAUACAAUUAAAUUUUGAAGAGUUUAAUCACUUGGACACAGAUUUUAAGCAAAAAUCGAAAAAAUUUGAAACAUUAGUUAAAUCAUGUAGAAGUGAUGCAGACGAAAUAAAGCAUCUGGAAUCUCAAAUAGAAAUGCAAGAAAAAUCAAUAAAAUCACAUGAAGAAGAAUUUAAAGACAUUGAACUAAGAGUAAAAAGCCAAAAACUUAGUGUUAAACAAAGAGACAGUCUUUUAGUUCAAAUGAAUAUGCUUAAUAACGAACUUAAAGUAAAAAAAGAUAACAUAUCACAGCUGCAAGAAGAGGGCAGUGAAAAUCAAAUUGCUUCAGCUCGUUUGAUCCAUCGAAAAACGAUAUUAAUAUCAAAAUUAAAUACAUAUAUACAUAAAUUAUUUACUGAAAUUAAACUUUCCAAUUUAUCACAAUUUGAAGAAUUUAGUUUGGCUAAAGAUUGUGAGCUUGAAAACUUAAAAAAUAUUGAAGUUAUAUUGAAGAAAAUUUCCCAAAAAUUGAUAUCUGAUGUUACAGGAAUCGAAAAUAAAAUACAAAAACUAGAACAACAUAUUGAUUUAUUACACAUGGAAUAUGAUAAUAUACUCAAACCAAAAUUGGAAACGUAUAGCAGUCAAAUAGAAGACCUUAAUAAACAACUUAAUCAAGCUGUUAAAACCUCUUCAAUUAAGUUAGAUGAAAUUGAAGAAAACGUAAGAAAUCAAGAACUUCGUUUAGAAAAAAUUAGAUUAUCUAACAAUGCUAUAUCAUCUGAACUUCAAAUGGGGACACAGAACCUCAAAAAGCUACAAAAGUGCAACUUACAAAACUGGACAAAUUUUGAACAGGAGGUUGAACUGAUUUUGACACAAAGAGAAAAGAAAGUAGAUGAAAUUAUGGAAUAUAUUGAUAAAUUUAGUAACAUAAUGGAAAAUCUUUAAAAAUCUCUUUUCCAAGGAAUGUUUGUUAUUGAUUUUAAAUAUUUGUUAUUGAAGUAAAUUAAAAUAAGAGAAAAGUACUUGAAUUUAUCAGUGCUGUAU